UAUUAUUUCUCAGGGGAACUCCUCAUUGCUGGUAUCCUUUCACAGAUCUACAUUUUCUCCAGUCCAAUAGACUUUGAAAUGCCUCCCACUGAAGAACUGCUGAAUGAACUCGACUAUUUCAGUGCAAGCUGGACCUACCUGGCUUCCAUGGAGCUCUUCUCAACAAGGGUUAAAUCAAUACCAAAUUACAAAUGUGGUCAGGAGAACAAUGUGAGAGCCGUCAUUGCAGGAUCUGAUUCUGAGACUGGCUUCCAUAUGGCAACCAUCCUGAAUAUCUACAAGAUUCCACAGGUGAUGUAUGGCUUUGCUCCACAGAUGACUGAUGAAAGCAAAGGAGCAUUCUUCCAACAGAUGUUCCCAAGUGUAGCCCAACAGUAUAAGGGAAUUCUAGAGUUACUACUUCAUUUCCAGUGGACAUGGAUUGGAGUUCUUUUUCUGGAUGAUGACAGUGGAAAGAGGUUUGUACAGGAAGUCCUUCCAGAAUUUUACAAGACAGGGAUCUGCUUUGACUUCAUAAGAAAAUUUAUAACAAUGCCUUUCUACAAUGCUCUUGUUGAAGUGGCAGAGGAAUUGACAGAAACCGUGAAAGUUGUCAUGAGAAGUACUGCUAAUGUAUGGCUCUUACAUGGUGAGACUCAUUCAAUGAUGAGUCUGCAAAACAUAAUCAAGGCACUAGAAUUUCUGGAUAUGCCAAAAAUGGCAAAAGUCCUGAUAAUGACUGCCCAAAUGGAUUUCGUAUCAUAUUUCAUUCAAAGACAUUGGGACUUACAUUAUCUCCAUGGUUCUAUUUCAUUCGCAACACCCUCAGAAGAGAUAUUUGCAUUCCAGAAAUUUCUUGAAACUAGCCACCCUGGUUUGGAACAGAAAGAUGGCUUCAUCCUUGACUUCUGGGAACAUGCAUUCAAUUGUUCAUUUCCAAACUCCAGGUUUGGUAGGAAAUUUGAAAAUACCUGCACCGGGGAAGAGAAGCUGGAGACACUUCCUGGGUCUGUUUUUGAAAUGAGCAUGACUUAUCACAGCUACAGCAUCUACAACGCAGCUUAUGCUGUGGCACAUGCUUUGCAGGCAUCUAUAGCCAAACAUGGAGAAAUGGUGGAGGGAGGACGACAGAAGCUUCUGAAUCAACAGCCAUGGCAGCUCCAUCGCUAUCUGAGAAAGGUCUCAUUUAACAACAGUGCUGGGAAAAUGGUUUCCUUCAACCAAAAUGGAGAAUUAAUAGCUGGGUUUGAUAUUAUAAAUUGGGUCACUUUCCCAAACCAGUCUUUUUGUAGGGUUAGAAUUGGAAGGACUGAACCAGAUGCCCUCUCAAUCAAUGGUUUCACUAUUUCUGAAGAUGCCAUCAUUUGGCCCAAUGAGUUCAACAAGGAUAGGCCACGCUCUGUUUGUAACAGCAAUUGCAUGCCAGGCUACAGUAAGACAAAAAAGGAAGGGGAGCCGUUUUGCUGCUAUGACUGUAUUCCCUGUCCAGAAGGAAAGAUUUCGGACAAACACGACAUGGAUGACUGUUUCCAAUGCCCAAAAGAUCAGUAUCCAAACCAUGAAAAGAAUGUAUGUGUUUCAAAACAGAUUACCUUUCUGGCUUAUGAAGAACCUUUAGGUGUUGGCUUGACCACUGCUGCUCUUUCUUGUUUUUUCAUCACACUUUUGGUGUUUGGGAUUUUUAUUAAGCACAGGGACACUCCCAUAGUCAAAGCAAACAACCAGAACCUCACCUAUGUUCUUCUCAUCUCAAUCCUUCUCUGCUUCCUUUGCAAUUUGCUAUUCAUUGGUCAGCCUAAGUUAGUUACUUGCCUCUUUCGGCAAUCUGCUUUUGGCAUUGUUUUCUCCGUAGCAGUUUCUUCAGUGUUGGCCAAAACCAUCUUGGUAGUUGUGGCUUUCAAGGUCACCAAGCCAGGAUUCCAGAUGAUAAAAUGGAUGCAGAAAAGACUCUCAUUCUUCAUUGUCCUUUCCUGCGCCUUUAUUCAAGCUUCUAUAUGUACUAUAUGGCUGGCAACUUUCCCCCCAUUCCUUGACAAUGAUAUGGAUUCAAUGACUGGAGAAAUUGUGCUUGGAUGUAAUGAAGGGUCCGUUACCAUGUUUUACUGUGUCUUGGGUUUCUUGGGAUUCCUGGCCAUUGUCACCUUCACAGUGGCUUUUCUGGCCAGAAAAUUGCCUGAUAGUUUUAAUGAAGCCAAAUUUAUCACUUUCAGCAUGCUGAUUUUCUGCUGUAUUUGGGUCACCUUUAUCCCCACCUACUUCAGUUCCAAAGGGAAAUACACAGUGGUGGUGGAGAUCUUCUCCCUCUUAACCUCCACUGCUGGCUUACUGGCCUGUCUAUUUUUGCCCAAGUGCUAUAUCAUUACAUUAAGGCCUGAACUAAACCAAAAGGAGCUUCUUAUAAGGAGAACAAACUGA